GAAUAACUUACGUGUUUUAGGCCUACAUUCUCCACCUAUAAUAACACAUUAUGAACUAAAAGGCAGAAAACAAAACAGUGAGAUCACCCACCUAGAAAACAAUGGAAUCAACUGGAGAUCCACCAUCAAACAACAUGAACUCAAAUGGAAUAAAUCACGAGUCAACUCAUUCGGAUGAACGAUUUACCCCACAAAUGGAAGCUGAAGAAACAUCUAUCAAUGGAGAAACAGACAUUGAAUGUAAUACCCUGCAUCAACCUUUGUUAAAGAGAAACAGAACACUUUCUGCAAGUCAUUUAGCCAUGGUUGGAGCUAAGGUUUCUUAUAUCGAAAGCCUCGAUUACGAGAUCAAUGAGAAUGAUCUGUUUAGGCAAGAUUGGAGAAGUCGAUCUAAAAUUCAAGUAUUACAAUAUGUGUUUUUGAAGUGGAAACUUGCAUUUUUGGUGGGAUUGUUAACGGGUCUUAUUGCUACUCUUAUCAAUCUUGCUGUUGAGAAUAUUGCUGGGUAUAAGUUGUUGCUUGUGUCUGAUUACGUUCAGCAAAAGAGGUAUAUGAUGGGAUUGAUUUCAUUGACUGGGGCAAAUUUUUUGCUGACUCUAAGUGCAACAGUGCUAGUUGUAUUCCUUGCUCCUACAGCAGCUGGACCUGGUAUUCCUGAAAUUAAAGCUUACCUUAAUGGUAUUGAUACACCCAAUAUGUAUGGGGCACCAACCUUGUUUGUUAAGAUAAUUGGGAGCAUUGGAGCAGUAUCAGCUGGUUUAGACCUUGGUAAAGAAGGACCGUUAGUGCACAUUGGAUCAUGCAUUGCUUCGUUACUUGGCCAGGGCGGAACAGAAAAGCAUAGAGUCAAAUGGAGGUGGUAUCGUUACAUGAACAACGACAGAGACCGGAGAGAUCUAAUCACAUGUGGGGCUUCUUCAGGAGUUUGUGCAGCGUUUAGGUCCCCGGUAGGAGGUGUACUCUUUGCUCUCGAAGAAGUGGCAACAUGGUGGAGGAGUGCUCUGCUUUGGAGAACUUUCUUUAGCACAGCUGUUGUGGUUGUAAUACUCAGGGCUUUCAUCGAGUACUGCAGUGCGGGACAAUGUGGCCUUUUUGGCAAUGGAGGACUCAUUAUGUUUGAUGUGAGCAACGUAACUGUGCGUUACCACAUGAUGGAUAUCAUCCCGGUUGCCCUUAUAGGACUAAUUGGUGGUGUUCUUGGAAGUCUUUACAACUAUGUCCUGCACAAAGUUCUCAGACUUUACAGUAUCAUUAAUGAGAGGGGAAAAUUAGCUAAGAUCCUUCUUAGCCUUACAGUCUCAGUUUUUACAUCUGUGUGUGUGUAUAGUCUGCCCUUCCUUGCUAGUUGCACCCAGUGUGAUCCUUCCAUUCCAAGUUCCGAGUGCUCCACAACUGGAAGAACAGGAAACUUCAAGAGAUUCAACUGCCCAAAUGGCUAUUACAAUGAUCUUGCCAGCUUACUCUUUUCCACCAAUGAUGAUGCUGUUCGAAACAUCUUUUCCACAAAUACCCGAGGCGAGUUUCACCCAGUGUCUCUCCUAAUCUACUUUGCUCUUUACUGCAUCUUGGGACUCUUUACCUUUGGCAUUGCUGUACCUUCUGGACUCUUCCUUCCCAUCAUUCUCAUGGGUUCUGCAUACGGGCGUCUGCUUGGUAUUGCCAUGGGAAGUUACACAAAAAUUGAUCCAGGUCUCUAUGCAGUCCUAGGUGCAGCGUCUCUCAUGGCAGGAUCAAUGAGGAUGACUGUUUCGCUUUGUGUGAUUUUCCUCGAACUCACCAACAACCUACUGUUACUCCCCAUAACGAUGCUUGUGCUUCUCAUAGCAAAAUCUGUGGGAGAUUGCUUCAAUCCUAGCAUCUACGAGAUUAUACUACACCUUAAAGGCCUACCUUUCUUAGAUGCAAACCCUGAACCAUGGAUGAGGAAUCUGACUGUCGGAGAGCUUGCUGAUGUAAAGCCUCCUUUGGUCAGUCUUCAAGGAGUUGAAAAGGUAUCUCGCAUUGUAGACGUGCUGAAAAACACAACCCACAAUGGAUUCCCUGUCAUAGAUGAUGACGCAACAAUUCCAACAAGUGAAGGGACAAAGGUAAGGGAGCUGCACGGGCUGAUUUUAAGAGCUCAUCUCGUAGCUGUGCUAAAGAAAAAGUGGUUCGUACAACAGCCAAGAAAAACAGAGGAGUGGGAAGUUAGGGAGAAAUUUACCUGGGUUGAAUUGGCAGAAAGAGACCUCGACUUUGAACAAGUAGCCAUAUCAAAACAUGAAAUGGAGAUGUAUGUUGAUCUGCAUCCAUUCACGAACAAAACUCCUUAUACUGUAGUAGAGGACAUGUCGGUAGCAAAGGCGAUGGUGCUGUUCAGGCAGGUUGCGCUUCGACAUAUGCUCAUCGUACCCAAGUACCAAGGAGCCGGCGUAUAUCCUGUUAUUGGAAUUUUAACAAGGCAAGACUUGAGAGCGCACAAUAUUCAGAGUGUAUUCCCACAUAUUGCGAGGUCCAAAGGCAGGGAAAAGCAGAAAUGAGUUCCACAUACUUAGAUGGGCAAAAUUUGUCUCAGAUCAACAGAUUUGCUCUUCAUUUUUUCCACGAUUUUAUUUUAUAUUUUUUGCUAAUAUGAUAUGUUCAAGUUUGUACAUCUAAAGGAUUAGUCAUGAGAAAGUUUGUGUAAA